GCCACAUCCCACUGCCUGCCCAGCGUCCAUCCAUGGAGGUGAGCACCGUGUCCCCAUCUUCCAUGUCACCCACUGAAGGAGACAAUCUGUGUGAGACAGAUGUCACCAGUGUGGCCAUACACUGUGCGGCACUGCUCAUCUGCCUCUGUGGGCUGGCUGGGAACGGGGCUGUCAUCGGCCUCCUCAGCCUGAAAAUCCAUAACGCUGGCAUCUUUGACCUGGCUGUCAUGGACUUGCUCUUCCUCCUCUUUGCAGUCCCCUCUGCCCUACUCAUCCUUGUGGAGGAAGUGUCCUGCGCUCCCAUCAUGCCCUUGAUGUUCAUGAACUUCCUUUUCCAGCUAUCAGUGGGCUCCUACUACUGGGGGCUGUUCUGGCUGAUGCGCAGCAGGAAUGUGCGGUAUAUGGACAAGCUCUGCAAACUCUGCUGCCACUGGGACCUUCCUGUGCGCCUGUUGUGGGUGGUGGACAGUGUCCAGUACUGGGCCUUCUUUACUCUCUUCACUGUCACUCCUGCAGUGACAUUCCUGUGCCCUUCUCAUGAGCAGGAGCACUGCCGGGCAGCUUUCAUCUCCAUGAACACCAUCAUCCUGCUCUUCUUUGCUGCUCCCGUGGUAAUUUCCAGCACAAUCGAUUUCAUUAAGGCCAAGUGGGGCUCCCAGCAGCAGCAACCCAAGAGGCUCGACAUCGUUCUCAUCCUCACUGUGCUCCUCACUCUCCUCCUCGGCAUCUUCAAUUUCCUGCAGCACCUUGGUUACAUUGCUGCGUCCUCAGAGGUGGUUUUCCUGCUCGCCUGUAUCUACAGCAGCAUCAAACCCUUCAUCUACUUCUCGGCAGGGAGCUCCUGGAGGGCCUGCUCCGUGCAGUCCCUCUGGCUCGCCCUCCAAAGAGUCUUUGAGGAGCCAAAAGAAAAAAUGGCCCACAGCAAUGAUCCUGCCAUGGACACAGAGGUCUCAGUCUGUUGAUCCCUUCCACAACUCUACUGGCGGACCCCAGGAGAGUGACUGAAGUUUUCCUUGAGUCUCCAGAUUAAUCAAUAUCCACAGGAUCACCCUCUCCGUGGUGGUGUAUUCCUGCAGGAGAAGGGAGCACGGGCAUUGCCUUGGGUAAUUGUUGUGGGCUGCUCUGCAGGGAGCACAUUGGAGCAUGGCUUUCCUCCUCCCAUCAGGAUCCACAAGGCUCCAAGCAGUGCAGCUGGGCUCAGUGCUGUUCCCCAGCUCUAUUCCCCAUGGAAUGACCCUCAUGGCCUCAGCCCCAGGGAAUGAACUCCAUCUCCUUUGGCUCAGCAGAUGAGUUUCAUGGUGCUUUCAGGGAGCUCUUGCCUGCAAAGCAUGGGACACCUUAAUCCCUGGGGACACACCCAGCAUGGGGUGGCAGUGAUUUCCCAAAUCCCUGCAGGUCUGGUGCCUCUGGAUGGCAGGUGAGGGGUUGGGAUCACAGGGAGCAUCUUUCAUUUUUUGGAAGUUUUUUUAAGCUUUGGAGUUUUUCUAGAACGAGUACUGUGUUCAUGUUGAAAGCUGUAAUGGUGAUCUCUGACCACUGCGGGGAGUCCAAGCCCGAAGCGCUGCACAAGCUCCGGGAGGGCGGGACGGAGGAGGAGCUGUGUUGGAAAAGCGGAACAUGUGGGGGAUGGAUUACCAGGGGAGUGGCUUAGCAAGCGGGUAGAAAGCCUUCUACGAUUUUGGGCAGUGUGCCUCUGGCCGUGCCUCUGGCUGCGAGUGGGCACCGAGCACUGUUCCUUUUACCUUGUCCCUUGUUAUAGUUUAAUAAACUUCUAAAAAUUUUCAGAAGCGAGGCGUCGUCUGUCACAAGAAAGAAAAAGACCACUUGAUUCAUAGGAAAAAAAAAACAAA